GUCUCCAGAAUCCUUCGGGAGGAGGAGUUGUUCUGAUCGAGACAGUUCAGUUUAGGAUCGCGCACCGAACUAACGAGAUGGACUCUGCCGUGGGUGGUCCGGAAAAUGUGGUGCCAACCAUUCCAAAGUGCCGCCAGAGAUUGAUGCGUUGGGAUGGCUGGGGCUACAAGGACUCCCGGUUUGAGUACGAUGGGAAGGAUUGUUUCUUCAGUGGGAGUCGUUAUCCGAUUGGGAAAGGUGCUCGGUUGAAUCGGUUUCGGGACUGGGUGAUUGACUAUUUCGAUGUGGACACGAGCAAACGGCUGGCAGCAGUUGAAGAGCCGGGUGUGUUUCCGGAUCCGGUGAGGUGUGUGGAGUUCGUGGACGGUUUGAGAAAUGCGGGAGUGGAAUUCUCCGAAGAUGGGAUGGAUCGGUUGAUGAGAUGCCACGGGCAGACCUUGGAAGAUCUUGGCCUGUUGAAGAAUCAGGGCUACGAAAGGCUUCCAGAUUUAGUGGUUUGGCCGAGGUGUCAUGAAGACGUGGUGAAGAUUGUGACAUUGGCUGGAGAGCAUGACGUGGCGUUGAUGGCAGUAGGUGGAAAUUCGGCAGUGUCUGGAGCGACUACAACUCCAUCUGUUCAUGGAAGAACGGUUGCAGUAGUGGAUAUGACGCAGAUGAACCGGCUGUUGUGGCUAAACGAAGAAAAUCUAACGGCGUGCUUUGAAGUGGGCAUCGUAGGUCAGGAUCUUGAACGAACUCUGAAGAAACAUGGGUUCACCCUGGGUCAUGAACCGGAUUCAGUGGAAUUCUCUACCUUAGGUGGAUGGAUUUCCACGAGAGCUUCUGGGAUGAAGAAGAAUUCUUACGGUAACAUCGAGGACUUGGUCAUACGAAUAAAGAUGGUAACCGGGAUUGGAGUGUUGGAAAAGCAGUUCACGGCGCCACGAGUUUCGUGUGGUCCAGAUUUCGACCAAUUAGUCUUUGGAUCCGAGGGCACUCUUGGGAUCAUCACCGAAGCCGUUGUUAGACUGAGACCUGUUGCGCCGGUUAGCCGUUGUGGAUCAUUGGUAUUUCCCAACUUCGAAACUGGAGUCCACUUCCUAAGGGAAGUCGCCAAGAAGAGACUUCAGCCGGCGAGCAUUCGACUGCUGGAUAACCUCCAAUUUCAAAUAGGUCAGUACUUACAACCUAACGGUCCAUGGCACACCGAACUAGUGAACGGUAUCAAGAGGCAGUACCUCACGAUAAUCUGCGGCUUCAAAUUGGAUCAAAUCGCCGCCGUAACAUUGGUAUUUGAAGGCGAUCAGAAGCGCGUGGAAUCACACGAGAAACUGAUCUACACCAUAGCUGCCAAAUAUGGAGCGCUGAAUGCAGGAUCCAAAAACGGGGAAAAGGGCUACGUCAUGACAUUUGUAGUUGCUUACAUAAGGGACUUCGGAUGGGAUUUCAACAUCAUGGCCGAUUCGUUCGAAACGUCCAUCAGCUGGGAUAAGUGUCUGUCGCUGUGCGCUAACGUGAAAUCAUGUGUUACCAAAGAAUGUGAACGUCACGGCAUUCGACGGUUGAUGAUUAGCUAUCGGGUAACGCAGACGUACGACGAUGGCUGUUGUGUAUAUUUCUAUAUGGCUCUCAAGCAUCCCGAUGAUCACGUCAACUCGGUUGAGGUGUUCAAGGCGAUAGAGGACCGAGCGAGGGAUGAAAUUCUGGCUUCCGGUGGAACUUUGUCGCAUCAUCAUGGCGUCGGGAAAAUGCGGAGCAAGUGGUAUUCGGCGUGUGUUUCGCAGGUAGGAGUUCGGGUUCUGAAGGCGAUCAAGAGGGAGUUGGAUCCGAAGAAUAUUUUUGCUGCAGGGAACUUGGUUGAGGAUGGUGCAAUUUCAAAGCUGUGAAUUGAUGAUUUUUAAUAAAUUUGAUAUUUGGUUUCUGGAUUUGAAA